AUGCCCAAGCUGAGCGAAGAGUACUUUGAUUUAGUACGACAGGCUGUUAGGGAAGACAAGCAAGCGCCGAAGCGCAAAAAAAGGAGACUGCCCCGGUACGAAUCGAAGGCAGUUCCAGAAGAAGCCAAGAUAGUCAUAAACUUGGACUCCGAUAGUUCAGACAAGGAAAAAGACAACCGGCAAAUUGCAGAAGACUCACAGGACAAUUUUUCUCAAGACGACGAUGAGGACUAUGAUUCGGACGAUUUUGAAGAUAUCUCAGAUUUGGAAAACUCCGAGCAACCCGCUAACGAGGAUGUAUCUGUCACGCUGGACGCCAAACUAGCAGAUUCAAGACCUAAGUCCAAGUCCAAAAACAUGAUUUCAAAUGACGAGCGCAAAUUUCGUAAGUUUUACCACAUGUUUCAUCUACUCACUUUCAUGGUCCAUGGAUCAGUUCGCAACAAGUGGCUGAACGACCCUAAACUACACGCGAAGCUCUCAAAACUAGUGCCUGACAGUGUCUUUGAGCUGCUGCACCCCAAGAAGGAUGACGAACUUCCGCUAAGAAGCACUAGGAAACUGCUGGAUGGGCUUAAGAAAUGCAUGGAAAUAUGGCAGAAGCACUUCAAACAGAUCACUCGAGUCGAAACUCGCGGCUUGUACAUGAUAGAUUGGGACGAACUAGACGGCCCAUGGGAACAACCAGCUCGCUACAUGUCCCAAAAGCUCUUUAACAAAAAGGUCACACACGGGAGGGGCAGUCUAGAGGUUGCUUCCCAAGGUUUUGUCGCGAUGCUCAGAGCAUGCGGGGUAAACGCCCGCUUAGUUUUCAACGCUCAACCGCCCGAUUUUACAAACAACAGAGCUUCAAAUCCCCAGGGCGCGAAGGCCCCAAACGAAUAUUUGGCAGACCCUGGCGCCAAAUCUCUGCCGCGAAGGCGUAAAAAGCCAGUUUCGAAAAAAAAAGACGAAGAUACCGAACGAUAUUCCAUAUUUUGGUGUGAGGUUUGGGACAAGAUAUCCAAAAAAUGGAUCACUGUUGAUCCAAUGGGCCAGCGAAUCAUCGAACAAAUACGGCAUCACACGGCGUUGGAACCUCGAGGGAAAGCACGUCAAUCCAACAUUUUCAGAUACGUCAUUGCAUAUGACCGUAAAGAAGGUUGCAGAGACGUUACGAGAAGAUACACCACGCAUUUCAACUCAAAGACCCGCAAACGGCGUGUGACAAAAUAUCCUGAAGGCGAAGAAUGGUUUCAAAAGGUGUUGCGGCGUCUUCAAGGUCGGAAAAGAACCCGCACUGAUGAUAUGGAGGACAUGUACUUCAAACAAAGAGAUGAGAACGAGGGAAUUCCAGAUAAUAUGCAAGAUCUCAAGGGGCAUCCGCACUAUGUGCUUGAGAACGAUGUUAAAUGGAAUGAGGUGUUAAAGGCAAAUUGCAAAGAAUGUGGUUUCAUUAGAACCAAGAAUAAUAGUGCCAGUCUAAAAGUUUAUCACCGCAAAGAUCUUUUGGUUCUGAAGACGGCACGGUCGUGGUAUACAGAGGGUCGAAUACUCAAGCCUGGUGCCAAAGCUCUCAAAAUCACGAAGUCGAGAGAGUUUAGAACCGGCGAAGCCACAGAAGAGAGGCUUUACCCUUUCGAUGAAACAGAUUUAUUUGUUGCGCAACCUUUGGGUCCCAACGAUGAAGUACCAACAAAUGUCUAUGGGAAUAUUGACAUCUACGUUAGUAGUAUGAUACCUGCAGGUGCCUGUCUCAUCGAAAGUCACGUAGCGGUCAAAGCGGCGUCGUUUCUAAGAAUCGAAUUUGCAAAAGCGGUCACAGGCUUCAAAUUCGAGAAGAAAAGGGUGGCUAAACCGCAAAUCACUGGUAUUGUAACUGCUCAAAGAUAUCGCGAAGCCGUCGAAGCCAUGAUCGAUGGGAUUGAGUAUGCCAAUGAAGAAGAUAAAAGACAAGAGUGUGAGUUAGAAUCGUUACGACACUGGAACCUACUUCUAGCCAAGCUGAGAAUCAAGCAAAGGCUCAUUACAGAUCAUGGUCUUGUCAGAGACGCUCGAAUGAAUAGCGCUUGGGGUGGAAGUGAUGCUGUUAACGUUGCCGAUGAUGCCGGAGAAACUUCAGUUUUGGAUGAUGCCAAUGAUGACGACAGUGACAUGGGGUUCGAAGCUGGUGGGUUUGUACCAGAUGCCAGCGGAUUUGUCCCUGAAACUGCUGCUCGCGAGAGUGAUGCAGAGUCUGCCGGGAUGCAAGCUGGAGGCUUUGAGCUAGAGGCCGAAAAUUCAGAAAAUUCAUAUCAAGACUCAACCUUGUCAGAACCUGCACAAAGUUCAUCAGCCAAAGAAGCCGAUGACCAGCUCGAGGACUACGAAGCCUUCAUGAAAGAUCUUGAAAAAGAAGAAAGUCAGGCUGAAUCCUCCACACACACGGACUCAGAUUUUAACUACGAAUCAGAGUAG